AUGACGGUAAGGAUCGUGGGGCUUGAUAAGGCCGAAAGCGAUGUGAUCUUGAACUACUUGUAUGAUGUCUAUGAGAAGAAUGUCGACAUUCAAGUGCGCUUCAAGUGGACACCGGGGACCAGCGCAUUGUGGGAUAACAGAAUUACCAUCCACAACGCCAGUUGGGAUUAUGGUGGCAGACACCCCCGCCACGGAACCCGAGUGACGUCUUUGGCUGAGGUCCCUUACUAUGAUCCAAAUGCUCCAACACGGCGCCAAGCGCUGGGGCUGUUGGAUGAUCAAGAGAAGAGUGACUUGGGAGUGACAGAGUAG